GUUAGGUCAAGUUACCUACAAAUCAUAAGCAGGACUUGCAGUACUUUUUUUUUCUUUUUUUUUUUUUUUUUUUCUCUCGUUUAUAUUAAUGCCGCGUAAAAGCAGAAGUUGAUUUGGUAAACCUGUAAGCUGAAAGGUGUUUUCCAGUGAGUUCUCUUUUUUUCUUUUUUCUUUUUUUUUUUUUUUUUCCCUUUUGUGAAGUGUUCAGUAUUUAUUUCUCCCUCAGUAUUUCUAGGCUGCAGAAGCAGCCUCACAGGCACUAUGGAAUCACUUCUCCCAUUAUCUGGGCUCCUCCUAAGGAUGUAGAUUGAAUCCGUACUCAGAAGCCAGUUGCAGCAACGAAGCCAUUUUGGGUAUUUGAAGAGCAGGAGGAACUGAAUCACCAGUAUAACAAGGCUAAAAUUUGUUAACCUCUUGGGUUUUUCAGGGAAAACUUAACAUGAAUUUCCUUUACAAGCUGGUGGUUCUUGGUAAACUGAGUAACUUGUUCCAAGAAUGGAUUUCAGAAUUUGGUGACAUCAAGAAUCUUCCCCCUUCAGCAGCAGCAAAUGUUGGUGUCAAAAUAUUUACCUUUGGUUCUUACAGGCUUGGAGUACACACUCAAGGUGCUGACAUAGGUGCUGUUUGUGUUGCUCCUAGACAUGUAGAAAGUUCGGAUUUUUUUCAGUUGUUCUUCGAAAAACUAAAGCAUCAGGAGGAAAUUAAAAAAUCUAAGAGCAAGUAAA